AUGGCCGGAUUCAUGAGCUACUUUGGCGGACGGCGCGACCCAAAGCAAUCGUCACGCGAAGCGAUAGUGACGCUGCGGCAGCAGCUGCAGAUGAUCGAGAAGAAGGAGGAGUACCUGCUGAAGAAGGUGGAGGAGGAGAUGAAGAAGGCGAAGGCGAAUGCGGUCACGAACAAGACCGGUGCGCCCCCCUCCCCGCUCGCUCACCGCGCCGCUCACUCUCUCUGUCUCCCUCUCACCUCGGCGACGGCGGCGCUGAAGCGGAAGAAGGUGACGGAGCAGGAGCUCGAGCGACUGCAGAGCGCCCGCUUCCAGCUCGAGAUGCAGGUCAACACGCUCGAGUCCGCGAGCUUCAACCAGGAGAACAUGGCCGCGAUGAAGAAGGCGGCCUCCGCGCUCAAGGACAUCCACGGCAAGCUGACGAUCGACAAGGUCGACCAGACGAUGUCCGAGAUCCAGGAGCAGACGCAGCUCGCGAACGAGGUCUCCGAGGCGAUCUCGUCGCCGUACGUGGGCAACGAGUUCGACGACGAGGAGAUCAAGAACGAGCUCGCGGAGCUGGAGCAGGAGGAGCUCAACGACCGGCUCAUGGCGGACACCGUCCCCGUGCACCAUCCAGGUCCGAGCAGAGUGGAGAGCAUGGAGGACGACGAGGAAGCGCAGCUCAAGGAGCUGCAAGCUGCACUCGCGAUGUGA